AUGGGAGAUGCAGAUUCAACGGGUGGUUGUCUAGACAUAGAUUUGGAGAAUGGGGGAACUAUGAGUGAGGAAAAUGGAACCAAAUCAAAAGGUCUGAGUGGUGGGAGUUCAAAGAAAUUGUUGAGUAGGGUGAGAAGUGGGUUUCUGAGAGGAGAAUCACCGGAUGGAUCUAAAAGGUUUAGUGAUCGUUCGCAUUCAUAUGAUAAAUUGUUGGAUUUGGAUGAGGUUUCUUUGACGAAUAUGGAGUUCAAGUUUGGAAAGGUUAGGAAUGAGACGAUGAAUUUUUUGGAUAAGGAGAAGUCUAAAAACCCAAACUUUGUAAAGCCUUCAAAACCACCCCGGCCUCCCAAAGGUCCCUCAUUGGAUGCUGCAGACUUGAAGAUGCUCAAGGAAAUCUCCAUGCUCAACUUGAAACGCAAACGGAUGGAAAAAAUGAGGACCUUAAAGACAAUAAAGAAGGAGAAGGCAUCCUCGUUGAGUACUAAUCUUUUUGCCAUAUUUGUCACCAUAAUCUUCUUUUAUGUGAUUAUAUAUCAAGGCCUUCUGGGUUCACGUUCACUCAUGUGA